AUAUUAUGAUAAAUGGUUGAAUCAAUUGUCAACACAUUUUAGAAUUGAGAAUUCAUGAAAGAAUUGUAUUAAUUAUUUUGCGGAAUGUGCAACUGACAAUUGUUUUACAGUAAAUUUGCCGUAAGGAUUGUACGAUUGUAAAAUAUAAAGAGUAUUUUUGUAUUUUCAGUUUCAGAGUUUAUAUCAUCCAAUAAGAUUACCUACAAGCACCAAAUAAUCUUUAUUCUUGCGUGAAAUUCUAAUUGGUUUGCUGUUCAUUUUCAAAGGACCGUCAUCAGGUUAUUAUGUUACUCAACAAAACCAGGUUUACGAAUCGACCUCAGUCGUGCAAUAUGGAGACACAUUCAACAUCUGACAUCGUUAUUUUAAGUGGGAAUUCACACCCGGAACUGGCUGAACAAAUUGCCAAUCGUCUCGGCGUACGUAAGGGAGGUUGCUCCGUUUUCCACAAGACAAACAGGGAAACAAUUGUAGAAAUUGCUGAUUCUAUUCGUGGGAAAAAUAUUUAUAUAGUUCAAACUGGUACUAAGGAUGUGAAUAACAACAUUAUGGAACUAUUGAUAAUGGCUUACGCAUGUAAGACUUCAUCGGCUCGUUCCAUUGUAGGGGUCAUCCCAUACCUUCCAUACAGCAAGCAAUGUAAAAUGAGGAAACGUGGUUGCAUUGUCACAAAACUUUUAGCUAAAAUGAUGUGUAAAUCUGGUCUGACACAUAUUAUUACUAUGGACUUACACCAAAAGGAAAUUCAGGGUUUCUUUGAUUGCCCAGUUGACAAUUUGCGUGCAUCACCAUUUUUGCUACAGUAUAUUCAGGAAAGUAUUCCAGAUUAUCGUAACUCAGUUAUUGUGGCACGGAACCCUGGUUCGGCAAAGAAAGCAACAUCAUAUUCAGAAAGAUUGCGACUUGCCAUUGCUGUCAUACAUGGAGAACAGAAGGAAGCGGACAGUGAUGAAGUAGAUGGAAGAUAUUCACCACCAUGCUUACCAAGAUCUCGUACAAUGGAUGUGCCAGUAGGAGUACCUGUACACCCAGCUAAAGAGAAGCCACCAAUCAAUGUUGUAGGGGAUGUCGGUGGCAGGAUUGCCAUCAUGGUUGAUGACAUGAUAGAUGAUGUGCAAUCAUUUGUCGCAGCUGCAGAGGUAUUGAAGGAAUGUGGUGCUUACAAAAUAUAUGUCUUGGCAACCCACGGCUUGCUUUCAUCUGAUGCACCUCGCUUAAUUGAAGAUUCUCCCAUAGAUGAAGUUGUUGUUACCAAUACAGUUCCACAUGAGUUACAGAAGAUGCAAUGUAAGAAAAUUAAAACUAUAGACAUAUCUGUUCUGCUUAGUGAGGCAAUAAGACGCAUUCACAACAAAGAAUCUAUGUCAUAUCUAUUCAAAAAUGUCACACUAGAAGAUUAAAUAUAUAGCAAUGUGGUUAAAAUUUCUUUUGGGUGGAGGAAAAAUGUUAAUAGAACAUUUCACUUGAGAUCGAAACAAUAGAAUUUUCAUACGUUGUUACUGUGAGUAAUAGUUAAAAUAUCAACUUAUCUUAUAAAUAAACCUAUGAUUAUAAAGUGCUUAAUACAAAAGCCUUGCUGGAUUUUGAUUAAAAAUAUUAUCUAGAAAUUUACUCAGGCGGUAUGUAUAGUAUAUUCAAUUACUAGUUAUCAUAGUCUUCUUCAAGCCAUAAAUUGACAUAGCAAUAUUUGUAUUGAAUUUCCACCCAACAAAAAACUUAACUUUAGUUACCAUCAGCCUUCUAUCGUGUGGUAAAUGGAUUUAGGAAUUAGUCAUCACAUUUUGAAUCUUAACUGGGUGUUUUAAUGUCUUUAAAGCAGCAACUUAUGUGGGAAAUGUAUUAUAGUGUAGUAUAUAAGUAUAUUUUUAUAGUAUUUGAUAGAUUAAGACACCAUUUAUUCACAUUUGCUAUGUUCUAUGUUUAACUAUUAACGCAAAAUAUUAUAAUUGUUACAAAUUAGUAUAUUGGGUAAUAAAAUGUUGUUAUGUUAGAGUUCAUUGUAUUGUAAUUGAGUCCAUAGUUUUCUGUGCAUGUAAAUUCAUGUAAAAUUAUAGAUUGACAAGAAAUUAUAUUACAGUGACUUGAGUAAGUCUAAUGAAUCUUAAAGCUGUUAUUUAAAAAAAAUCCAAAGCUUUUAUUAUUGCAUAGAUACCUUUUUCCAUAAUAAAGUGAUAGUUAGUUUAAAUAUAAGUGAAUUGAUUAGUUAGUGCCACAAAAUGUAUAUUGU